AUGUCUCCUCAUGGCCCCAUGACAACACCGCCGCCGGCCCUCCCGCGCCAGAUCUCCAAUCCCGACGAUCCAUACGGCAUCUCGAGUCUCCUCGCCGAAUUCUCCUCUCUGUAUCCCGAAUCGCUGUACCCGGAGUUUUACUCUUCGUACGACAGCAGCUACUACUCGUCCAUAUUAGCCGACCUGGCAUCGUACAGUGUCCCUGGUUAUUCCAUCCCCGACUCCACGGCGACAGCGGGAGGAAGAGGCACGGCGGGAGCAUCGAACCCUACCGGUACUGCUGCCGCAGCGAGCGGGGGAGAUAGCAGCGGAAGCGGAGGCAGCGCAGGACUUCCCACGGGCGCGAAGAUCGGCAUCGGUGUCGGCGUUCCACUCGCUGUUUUCCUCCUCGCCGGCCUUGGUGUCCUUCUCUGGUGUAUGGGCAAGAAAAAGGGCAAGAAAUCGUCAACCACCGUCGUGGCGCCCGCGCAGCCUGGUGCUCCUUUCCAGUCGCAGUUCCAGCAACCUCCGCAACAGCAGAUGGGAUAUAUGAAUCACCAGGGUUAUAUGCCGGGGUAUCAGCAGAGUGUUUCGCCGCCGCCGCAGUAUAUGACGCCGCCGCCCCCGGGAGCAGGAUAUGGCGGAGGGUACGGAGGGUACGGGAAAGGUCCGGAAACCGCAGGCGCGGUGGAGCUAGAGCAGGAGUAUCAUUUUGCGAGGCCGGGGGUUGUGGAGAUGGAUGGGGGGCAGGAGCCGCCACAGCAGCAGCAGCCAGGGAAGAAGAAGAAUAAGAAGAAGAAGUGA